UCCGUCCGUCAAAGAUACAGUGCAACCGAGAGGGCAUACUCACGUAGUAGUGUUCUGGACGUAUCUGGCCGCUUUGACGACCGACGUGGAUGCAUCUGACCGCAAUCACAUCCAGAGCUGAGUCGAAAAAAGGCCCUUGUCUGAGUACGCCCUGAAUUCUCAGCCCCCACAAUUAUCGAUGGCCGAGCUAAGCCGUGUGUUCUUGGCGCGCUUCGCGGAGCUAAGCUCCAGGUCACGUCCUUGCUGUUGUUAUAGCCAGCCAGAGGUGAGAGAGGAGGAGGAGGAGGAGGAGGUGGAGGAGGAGGUGGAGGUGGAGGUGGAGGUGAAGGAGCUGUCGGGCUUCGUCUUCGAGAAGGAGAUGCUGUCCUUUGUGGCCCGAUCGAAUCGUCAGUCUGCAGAGUAUGUCACAAGCAGUUUUCCAAGUACUCUUGUCCUCGCUGUAAUCUUCGGGGGAUUGCUCUCGGACGAAACCCUGCUUCGGUUGGCAGAGAAAGUGUCAGGCGAAGCCAUCUCUUUAGAAGAUCUCUCCCCAGAGGAGCAGUGCCGCUUCAAGCGAGCGGUUGCCGCAGGAGUGGUUAGCUCGUUGAUCGAGCCCUGGACGCCCUGGUGGGUGAACGUCGCCCGAACCGCGGUGGCGAUUGGACCGCGUGGAACGUCUAUGAUCCGAGAAGUGGACGAUUCCCAGCAACCAGGCGUGGAAAAGCGGCGAGGAGGGCCAUUUGAACCUGCUGAGGGCGAUGAAGGCCGAGCGCGGAUUCCUCCUCCGUCUAGCGAAGAGCUCCCUCCCAUGAAGGAGCUCACAAAGGCACCUCCCUCUCCACUGCUUGGUGUCCACCUUGUGAAUAUCACCUACUCGUACUGUUUCGUCAUGCGGUUGUAUAACGGAGAAUGGUCGGGCGACCUGCCAGGUGUCUCCGCAGCAUUGCUCGACCUGUCUUCGGUUCUCAAGGGUGCGUCAACCCUGCCGUCGAUUCGAAUCGCGCUCGAGGAGAGUAUGCGCACAGCUUGCACGCCGUUGUAUAAGGACGCCGGCGGGCCCGAGUUGGCGGUUGCAGUGAUGUCAGAUGUCGUACAAUUGCUGCGUGCUGGGCGAGGUGCAGUCGUUCGAAUGCUCGCGGACGUGACGCGCAUUUUGAAGGCAAGCAACGAGGCGGCUUCUGCCGUUGGUCCAGAGCUGGCUGAUGGCGAAACCGGCGAUCGUGCCAGAAUGGGGGCUCGGGCAGCGAGGAACAGUACAGCUGGGAUUAGGGACUGGAGAGGGAGGAGGAGGAGGAAAAGCUCGGGUCGGAGAGGAGGUGAAAGCGUGGGAAAGCUGCUGAGGGCAGCUGAGAAGAAGGCAUACUUUUUCACCGUAUGGGGGAAUGAGCAAACGGACGAGGCAUUUGAAAUCCUUGCGGAGUCGGUGGAAGAGGAAUGGAAAUCGCAACAGUUGCACCGAGUCGACCCCCGUUCGCCGGCAGUCGGCGCAGAUCGCGCUGGCGGUACCGGGGUUCCCAAUGUUUUUAAAGGUCUGGAGAGGAAGUCUGCGGGAGCUGGCCUUGAUGGCAGAGCAAUCCAGAAUCCCCACCACCCUUUGAUUGAAGAAAUGAACUGAUUGAUUUUCUGAGUGGUUUAAUUCCGGAACCGACGACCCUACCGGGGGCUCUUCGGUUUCAACAAUGUGUACAAUGCAUGCUCCGACGAGGCAAGGAAAACACUUCCAGUGUCCCGAUACCGCACAUCAAUGCGAUUGUUUGUUUUUUUAGCAGAAUGCUGGGGGUUGGUGUGCAGUCUUCAGAUGAUUUUCUUUCUUCUAUCCAGCUUGCCUAUGUAGAGCAUGUGCUUUUCAAAAUGUGGUAUUUUGUGGGACAAAACGCAGGUCCAAACAAAUGUUGAAGGGCAGA